AAUUGCUGGGAAGGAUAGAGCUUGAGGGAUUGGGGAGGGGAGGUGCAGGGUUACAGUGUCUACACCUCUAACUGAGAUCUGUGAUCCCAGCAUUACAUCAAAUCUCACACAGGAGACAACAGAUUUCAUAGAGGCAGGGGCAACCUAAAACAGGGGUUAAAAAAAAAUGAAGACUACUCUAUGAUAAGCUCUUGACCUCCCAUUACCACCCACCACCAAAAUCCUAGGAAACAGCCUAUCCUACAUACUACUCAAGCUGUCCUGAUGAGACUUCAUAUCUAUUUCUCUAUUCUGCCCUACCUACUCCUCUUAAUUUGAUUUCUGAGCAGUUAAAUGGAUCUAGCUUCAUAUCUAGUUCCUAUCUAGCUUCAGACCCUUAGAAGCUAGCUAUUUGACCCUGGGCAAAUCUUUUUGAAUAUAGAGUGGAGAUAAUAGUAUCUACCUCCUAGGGAAAGUGCUUAGCAUAGUACCUGGCAGAUAGCAGACCCUAUAUAAAUGUUUUGGUGCUUAUUAUUCAGUGUUGUCUGACUCUGUGACCCCAUUUAGGUUUUUCUGACCUGAGUGGUCUGCUGUUUCUUUCUCUGGCUCAUUUUUACAGAUGAGAAAAACUGAGGCAAAUAGAGUUAAGUGACUUGCCCAGAGUCAUACAACUAGUAAGUGUCUGAGUCCAGAUUUAGCUUAGGAAAAUAAGUCUUCCUUACUCCAGGCUCAGCCCUCUGCCCAUAGACUAUUUAUAGUACUAUAGUACUAAUAUAGUACUAUCUUAUUUCACAUUUUAUUUUGUUUUGUUUUUUUACCUUGGCCAAUGUAGAGGUGCAACUUUCUGCAAUUUCUAGUCUUAGAAAAUUGCAUGAAGCACAGAAAAGAUUAACUGUUUUGCCCAGGGUCACAUAACCAGUAUGUCAGCCAUAUUUUUAUAAAGGGACAGGAAAUAGUUGGUAAGGAGGGGCCAGUGGCUUCUUCCAAAAGAGAUAGAAACCAGAUCAUCUAAUGAAAAUGGGAGAUGGAUGAAGAGACAGGAGAACUUGGACAGAAUAAAGCAGUAGAAAUAAGAAGGAAACUGAGCAUCAUUACAACCCUGGAUGGUAGCAGAAGCAAUAAUUGCUCUGGCCUAGCCAGACACCAUCACUGAGGUGAGUGAAUGAGUUGGGCAAAUAAGUUUCCAUUUCUAUCCCCAAGAGAGGUGGAAGUGAGGAGAAUAUUUUUAGAGGCCCAUUCUGAAAGGGGCAAAAAGAGGGCAGGAUAAAAAGAUCAGAAGAGCAUAUUCCCCAAACAUACCACCCUUCCUGUCCAAGGAUUUGGAUAUCAGAGCACACUCCUCCAUCUGUUCACCAUGUCACUGUGAUAUGAAACACAGACACUUAUAUACCACAUAGUCUAUCAUAAGACAGAUCCUCGGUCACUUACCAAACAAUCCCUCUGGGGAUAGAGAUUUGAGAAAGGAAAGAGACAGGUUAAUGUAUAACAGGAAAUGGAGUCUCACCCAAGAGAAACCGGAGGCCAGAGUACAGAGAAUGCCUGGACUUGGGUAGCUGUAGGGAGUGGGGGAGGCAUGUGGCAGGAUGGGAUGAGGGAGGGAGAGGGUGUUUCUGUGUGGGCCCCAGGGCAGUCUCUUGGAUUCCAAAAAAAGCAUCAGAAACUUCGAGAAAGAAGCAGUUAGAGCAGGUGGGAAAAUUAGUGCAUGAGUGUGCCAAGGGUACAAGGAAAGGUGUAAGGUUUAGCUGUCUGAAUAGGAGGAAGCCAGAUGGAGAAGGGAAAAUAGGGGCCAACCUUCUAAAUUCACCACAUCCCAACCCCCCUCACUUGUACCUAUAUCUUCAAUCACACUCUCAUUUGGGACCCAGAGGUCAAAGUCUGUUCAACCCCAGAAAAUUGAUUUUACUGCAGAGAAGGGGUGGAGUGGGAGUGGGAGGAGAGAGGGGUGGAGUUUCUUGAUGUUUGACUUAUUUCCCACCUCACCCCCAAACUCAUUUCCCCAGGAACCCAAGGGGAAAGUGUGUGCAUAGUGAAAACAAUCACAAAGUUGGAGUUAAAGCCCUAGUGAAUUGUUUUCUUGAAGAGAGGACCUAGUUGCUAGAGCUAAAGGGGACUUGAGGGCUUGUUCUCAGGCACAGCACUGAGAAGACACCAGAGGAAUGGAAAGGGUUCGAGGGUUCUUCAGGAAAACGAAUCAAGAGCUGUCCCACCAUUUCUACACCAUCUACAAACAAGUAGAAGAGAACCAGGGAAAACAACUGGAGGAAGAUGAGAAGCAAGAGGAAGAAGAAGAUCCAGCUGCUUUCAUCAUGAACAUGGAGCUAAGGACCACAAACCAAAAGGGGCAAAAGCAGGGGGAAUCUGGGAGGCAGAAUCUGACUCCCAAGAUAAUUACCCACUUCAUACUCAUCAAUCUCUUUGUCUUUAUUGUGGCCUUCCUUUUAGCCUACUUUGCCUUUCGAGAUUCAUGCCAUUCUUGUAAGGAUUCUGUGUCAGAAGUGAGUGAUGAGUUAGGCUAUGAUCUGAAUCCAGACACCAGUGGUUCCAACCUAUACUGGGCUGACCUUCGGGAGAUGUUCCACAAAUACUUGGGUGAGGAGCAACUGAAAAAUUCUAUCCGAAGUAUCAGCCUGCUGGAUCGAUUCUCAGGUUCCCCUGGAAUGACUACUCUUUCUCACCAAAUCCGAGAUAUGUUCUCCCAGCAGAAGCUAGACCAUGUGUGGAUGGAUACCCAUUAUGUGGGGCUGCAGUUUCCAGACCCGAUACGGCCAAACACACUGCAUUGGGUUGAUCAGUCUGGCAAUGUUUUGGGAGAGUUACAUUUGGAGGAUCCUGAUGUCUAUUGUCCCUACAGUGCCAAAGGCAGUGCUAUUGGAGGACUCAUCUAUGCCAACUAUGGGAGACUGAAGGAUAUGGAAGCUCUCCAAGAGAAGGAUUUGGACCCCAAGGGGCACCUGCUACUGAUGCGAAUAGGACAUGUUAGCUUUGCAGAGAAGGUAUCGAAUGCUGAGGCCUUUGGGGCUCUGGGUGUCCUCAUUUACCCAGAUCCUGCUGACAUACACCCAGAUCCUCACAGGAAGCUAAGGCUGUCUAACCACACAGCUGUGUAUGGACAUGUUCAUUUAGGAACAGGGGAUCCCUAUACUCCUGGCUUCCCCUCCUAUAAUCAAACCCAGUUCCCACCUGUGGAAUCCUCUGGCCUCCCUAGUAUCCCAGUACAACCCAUCAGUGCCAACAUCACUGCACAGCUGCUAGGGAAGCUAUCAGGCCCCAAGGCCCCCCAAGAAUGGAAAGGGACUCUUUCUGACACUCCAUACCGACUGGGCCCUGGACCAACUUUGCGCCUUGCUGUCAACAAUCAUCAAAACUCAACUCCAAUUGUCAGCAUCUUCGGCUGCAUUGAGGGUCACUCGGAGCCUGAUCAUUACAUUGUCAUUGGGGCCCAGAGAGAUGCCUGGGGUCCAGGGGCAGCCAAGUCUGCUGUGGGCACAGCCAUCCUGCUGGAGCUGGUGCGCAUCUUUUCUACCAUGGUGAGGAAUGGUUUUCAGCCUCGACGAAGUCUGCUUUUUGUCAGCUGGGAUGGUGGUGACUUUGGGAAUGUGGGAGUCACUGAAUGGUUGGAGGGCUACCUCACCAUGUUACACCUCAAAGCUGCUGUCUAUGUGAGCCUGGACAAUGCUGUGCUUGGGGAUGACCAGUUCCAUGUGAAAACCAGCCCUCUUCUCACCAGCCUCAUCGAGAGCAUCCUAAAGCAGGUGGAUUCUCCCAACUAUAGUGGUCAAACCCUCUAUGAUCAGGUGGUGGUUCCAGGACAUAACUGGGAAGCUGAGGUGAUCCGGCCUCUGCCCAUGGAUAGCAGUGCUUACUCCUUUACAGCUUUUGGAGGGGUCCCUGCUAUUGAGUUCUCAUUCACUGAGGAGGGCCCAGCUUACCCCUUCCUGAACACUAAAGAAGACACAUAUAAGAAUCUACAUGGAGCAUUGCAAGGACGGCUGCCAGCUGUGACCCGGACUAUGGCCAUGGUAGUAGGUCAACUACUCAUCCGGCUCAGCCAUGAUCACCUGCUACCCUUAGACUUUGGCUGCUAUGGUGAUGUCAUCUUGAAGCACAUUGGCAGACUCAAUGAGUUCUCUGGAGAUCUCAAGGCCCGGGGCCUGACCCUGCAGUGGAUCUACUCAGCGCGAGGAGACUACAUCCGGUCAGCUGAGAAGCUGCAAAAGGAGAUCCACAGUUCAGAGGAGAGCAAUGAAAGAUUGAUUCGAAUGUACAACGUCCGAAUCAUGAGAGUAGAAUUCUACUUCCUAUCCCAGUAUGUGUCACCAGCAAUCUACCCAUUCCGCCACAUCUUCCUUGGUCAAGGAGACCACACUCUGAGGGCCUUGCUCGAGCACCUGCAGCUCCUGAGGGGUAAGAGGGCUGGGGCUGGCUCCCUAACAUAUUCAAGACCUCGUUUUGAAGAGGGCCUAUUUCGACGCCAGCUGGCUUUGCUCACUUGGACUGUGCAGGGAGCAGCUAAUGCCCUCAGUGGAGAUGUCUGGAACAUUGAUUAACAACUUGUGAAGAUGAAGGAUCACAACACCCAGUCUUAUAUAUCUCCCUUUCUCAGGACCAUCCAUUUUCUAGACUUAUUCUAAACCUUCUUUAAAAGUCUCCUUUUCUUACACAUCCUUUUCCGUUAAGUUCCAGCAUGUUAGCCUGCUAGUUAGCUGCUGAUCCCAAUUCUUAUUUUGCCCCCCUUCUUUUUUAUAGUGUAAGAGAGAGCAGUAAUAUGUGAUGAUCAUACAGUUGAGAGCAAUAUUUGCUCUUUCUUAUGGCCACUUUCCUUUUCCCAAGUCCAUGCCUUCCCCCCCAAAAAACAAAAAAAAAAACAAAAAAAAAACAGAGGAAGAGGAUUCAAAGUCCAACUUGAAAUCCUGUUUUUGUGCACUGGACCUUCUCGUGAGCUUGGAGGUCCAGGUCUGCCAACACUUUUCUGAUGGAGAGAAUCUGAGGAUAGUCCUGCCUUUCCAGAGAAAUCACUUUCCUGGCUUGCUUAGAGCUCUCCCAACAAGCCCUCUUUUGUCCUAUCCACUUUCAUUCCUUGUCUUAGGAAGCAUUUCUACUUUUAAUGCCAUGGAUCUAUUCAAUGACUGAGGAUUUAAAAAAAAAAAUUAUUCUACUAAAAAUCACAACACUCGACAAAAAGCCUAGAAUAGGGGAGGGAGCAGGGCAACCAAGGAAGUGUCUUUCCUUUUUUAUCCCAGUGACUAUUGUGAUUAAAUGUCUGUAUGUUUUAUAUAUGUGUACACCUAGGUAACAAAAUUGGCCAUGAAUAGCCCUCAAACAAAAGGCUAUUAUUAUCAAUUCAAUUUCAAUGAAAGUUUAUUAAGCCAUAUGCCUGGGGAUAACAAGAAGAAUCCCUGUUCUGUACUCCUGGCAUGAUUUGGACAGAAGGUUUGGCUCCCUUUUCUCAUCAAGGGUUUCCUCCAAAAGGGGAAGUUUAAAAAAAGAAUACUCAGUUACAAUAUGAACUGGGUAACUGAAUCCUUUGUUCCCAUAUAAAAGAAAUGUUAAACAUAUUUUUUUUUUUUUUGCAUUUAACAAAAAGAAUUAAAACAGGAUUCUGUAAAAACUUA